AUGUCGGAUGCCCUGUCCCAGGCGCCCGACGGGUUGAUUGGAGGCUAUCGGGGAAACAACCUGACGGUCAAGAUCCUGAUGGUGGUCUUCUCUUCAAUAGCCCUCUACAAUGCUAUUGAGCUGUUCAUAUUACUGUUUCUGACCUUCCAACAAUACCGUGGGCUCUACUUCUGGACACUCCUUCUCUCGGUGGUGCUUGGGGUAAUCCCCCACACGAUCGGAUACAUCUUGGAGUUCUUUAAUCUGGCUCCCCUCUGGCUAUGUCUCACGAUCUCGACGAUUGGAUUUUAUGUCAUGGUCCCUGGCCAGUCCGUGGUACUGUAUUCUCGUCUUCAUUUGGUGGUCCAGAGCCAUAAGAUCUUACGUUUUGUCCUGUGGCUCAUCAUUAUUGAUGCGGUCAUUCUCUUAAUCCCAACGACCGUCUUAACAUUUUCGACCGCUUACAUUGGCACGGUCCCCAUCAUUCGAGGCUAUAAUGUCAUGGAGCGCAUGCAACUGGCCUGGUUCUGCACCCAGGAGUUCGUCAUCUCCGGCAUUUACAUAUCAGAAACCGUGAAACUAUUAAGAUUGAUGCCAGACAAGAAUCAAAGACGAACCAAGAUCAUGUACGAGCUCCUGGCGAUCAACUUCGUGAUCAUUCUCUUGGAUGUUGCACUUUUGGUGGUCGAAUAUAUCGGCUUCUAUUCAUUACAAACAACUCUGAAGCCGAUGGUGUACAGCAUCAAACUGAAGCUCGAAUUCGGUGUUCUUGGCAAGCUGGUGGCUCUUGUCCAGAACCAUCGAUCGCAACCCACCUCAUCUGAGCAUGAUGAAUAUCCUACAUUUGUGGACCCAUCUCAGUUAACGUCCGACGUGACCCGUGCCGCGCCCGUCGAGGCACGCAUGUCGCGCGGUAUGAAUGCCUGGAACACCAUCUCCAUGGAAAGCCUGUCCACCUCCGAGCAGCGCAUCCGCCCAUCGACUCGAUCGAGGCUAUCCAGUGACAGUUUAACUUGA